AUGUCCGCUCCACCCCCAGAGGUCUAUCUGGCACCGGACUUUGAAGCUAGCACCCUGCGUGUUCCUCAAUUGAGAUCCAUACUGCUAGAAUAUGAUAUUCCAUUCCCGAGUACUUCUAAAAAACCCGAGCUCUUGACAUUGUUCGAAACUAAAGUGAAGCCUCAAGCUGUGUCUGUACUGACAUCGGCAUCGAGAAUCAAAGCCUCUGCUCAGGGAAUAAUCUCGGUAUCUGAAAAUGGUGACGAAGAGCUGGUGGAGCCAGUCGCAGCCACCGGUGCGAAGCGAGUUCGUGGAAAGCCCAAGAAGUCUGAGGUGAAAGAAGCCACAGAGCCGCCUCCCAAAAAGGCUCGAGGAAGGUCUAGACAGACUAGUGAGACCGACACUGCCGUUCCACCCACUACCAGACGCAGAGGGUCAAGAAACCCAUCCAUGGCCACAGAGGAUGAAGAUGCUGGAGCUUUGGCUGAAGUAGAAGAUGAGGCGACUCCUGUGAGUUCGACCGACGCGCCUCGAGUCAGCCGUUCACGGCGUUCGGUCACAUCGGCUUCACCAGCCUCGCUACCUUCCGCUCCUCCGAGCAGCCGUAGGAGGUCUGGCAUACCUUCGUCUUCCUCUGUUGUAUCCGAAACGCACGCGGCCAGCGAAAAAUCAGUCCUCAAACGGCCAAGCAAUUCUAAAUUUGACAAUGUGGUGGAGUUGGACCAGUUGGAGGAGAUCAGUGAGCCUGAGGAGACACCGAUCCCUGUAUCUACUACCAAAAAGACGCCGAGGAAGUCUCGAGCCGAUGAAUCUGGAUUUUCCGAUUUCAACCCAUUUCAGAGUGGGAGCGAAGAGGCCGCAGAAAGGGAAAGGAGACGACGAAAGUCAUCUGUCGGCCUGUCCACUAGUAAGCCAAAGCAGCCCCGACUGUCAGAACCCGGGCGGAUACCUCUGCUCGCCUCUCCUAUCAAGUCGUCCCCGGCCCAUUCGUCAGCUACUCCGAGCGCUGGUAUACUCCGUCGAAUGGGUCCCAGUCGUGAAAACUUGAAGCGGACGCCAGAAUCGAAGUCUCGCCCCUUGGAGGAGCCGGAGGUACAGACCGAACAUGCAGAGAUCGAUCGGUAUAACCAUCAACUUCAAGAAAAGGUGGCACGAUUGUCCCGAAGCAACCCCGAUGAGCCCACUGUGUCUAUCACGACUCAUAUCGAACCCUCGACUAGUCUGGUUCGGCGGUCUCCCAGCAUCCCAUCCAUCAAGGAACCUCGCGCUGCCAUACCUCUCUCGAUGUUGUUCUUGCUUUUGCUCAGCUUACUGGCAAACUUCAAGUCUCAAUCUUCGGCUAUCGGCUAUUGCGAUGCUGGUUCGUCGACGAAUGACAUUGCUCUUGACCGUCAAGGAGCCAUCGAGGAUGCUCGAGCAUGCGUCGCGCGUCGGGCGACAUUAGCACUUGACUCCCCUGAAAUAGUCAAGCAGGUUCAUUGUGAUGCGUCGGCUUUGCCUCUUAUCCCCUUUCUGCCCCAGCCUCUUGCCUGUACACCAUGUCCGCAACAUGCCGUUUGCGAGGAGGGUGAUGUCAUUGCCUGUGAUAACGAGUAUCUGUUGUCCGCUCAUCCGUUGUCGUUCUUGGCACCAGUGUUCAAUGGCCUGCCAGGUGUAGGGCCCGAAGCCUUCCCUCCGACAUGCAAGCCAGACACGCAGAAGAAGAGAAUGGUAGGUGGUUUGGCCAUGGAGAUGGAGAAGGAUCUAGCAAAGGGGCGGGGAUUGGUGGUUUGUGCUGGAAUUGGGAAGGACGAUGGGAGGCAAGGAGAGGGCGAGAGGUUUGGUAUGGAAGAGGAUGUUUUAAGGGAGCGGUACUCUUCACGUCGCGAUCCUCGCUAUUCCCAGGAACAAUUCAACGAGAUCUUCGAGGCGGCGUUGAAUGACUUGGUUGAGCAUGACGAUGUCAUCGAGUCCAUAGAUGUUGAUGGGAAGUCGUGGUAUGCUGCGUCACGGACUGAUUUGACGUUGGGUUGUCGCGCCAAGAUUGAAAGUGUGGAUCUCAUGUCGAAGUGGAAAUCUCAACUUGCUUCUUCCGCUGCCGUCCUGACUGCCAUCGCAUGGCUGCGCUCUCUCAUCCGCCAACACCAAUCUGAAAAGUUCAAGGCGGAAGAACUUGCGCAAGUCGUUCUCAAGCGUUUACAAGAUCAAGAAUACCUGCAUUAUCUAGAUCCAGUUCAAACUCCUCAUUCCUUCCUACCCCCUGAUCAAGUGCGUGACGUAGUCAUGCCACCAUCCGGCUCUACCACCUCUCGCGCUCGAUUAUGGUCCAAAGUCGCAAGAUUGAUAGAAAAGAACGCCAAUGUGGCAGUGAGGGAACAAGAAGUGCGUGGAGAGGUUUGGCAAACAUGGGAAUGGACAGGGGUAGGUGAAAGACAUAUACGCUUUGAAUGAGGAAAAAGAGAUCCAGACUGUGGUGGCAGUCGGCGAACUGCUCGUGUGUCGUGCCAUUCUGUGAGUUUUAUAUACAUAUAUAUUCUGGGGUUAUCUGUGGAGAAUGAAAUGUGGAUGUAAGAU